CGUAGCCCUAUCAAAUUAGAAAAAUAUUUGUAAUUUGCAAUUUUCUCUGAUAAAAAUGAAAGUCAAUAUUCGACGUGUUAAACUAAACAUUUUAAAUAAUAAUUAGUGAUUAUUAUUAUGCUUAGUCUGCAACCAUUAGUGCCAAGAUUGAACCUGCUAAUUUUGUUACUACUAAAUUUAUUAUGAAAAGGUUCCUGUUGUAAACAAAAAACAAAAUGUUUGCUAACUUAAAAAACAAAAUUAAUGAAGAAACUGGCCGUGAUUUCAGUAAAUUUACUGCUAAAAUCGCCGAGAACUUAAGGGGCAAGUCCUUGCAGGGCUCCACAUCCAGCUUAAACUCUGUUGUGUCCUUAGAUGGUGUAAAAGAAGAUGGUCCAAUAGAACCUGAAGAGUUUAGGCGAAGAAUAGCCAAGAUUGAGCAUGACUUUAGCAGGAGACUAGACCAGAAAGAGCAAGAGUGGAGGAAUGUUUUAAAAGACAAAGAUAAAAUCUUGCAAAACCUGUUAAAAGAAAAAGAUGAGGCAUACAAGCAAAUAUCUCACUUGAAGGAUGCUUUAAAAAAUGCUGAAGAUUUAAAACAAAAAAUAUUGGAGCACAAAGAAAACUCUGACCAAUUAGAAAGUCUACAGUAUCAAGAAUUAUCAAAAGUAAAACACCUGGUCUUGGAAAAGGACAAGGAACUAUCAGAAAAAAGUGGCGCGUUAAAAGAAGCCACACAGCAAAUUGAAAAACUUAAAAACGAACUUAACCGACUAAGACGGCAAGAAGAGCUGUUAAGUGAUGUACAGGAUGAUCUGGAGGCUUUAAGGCACUCUUCUGCCAGAGAUUUGGCUCAUUUGGCCACUGAAUUGGCUAAAAGUGAACAAGAGAGAAAACAUUUAGCUGAUCUUGUGGUCAUUUUAAGAGGUAGAGGUGAGGGGGAGUCUACUGUGGAUUCAGAAAAAAAACUUCUGGAGCAAAGAUUGGAGGAGGCUCAUUUACAGCUGGCGGAUAUUAAGACUUCAUGGAGUGAUAAAAUUGCUUCUUUGGAGACUCAGGUGGGUAGAUUGAGUCGCCAGGCUGCUGAAGAAGGGGCAGAGCGAAGAAGAGCUCUUGAGGACAGGGAUGACUUGCUUGACAAAAUUAAGCAACUUGAGGCUGAGCUUGAAUUCAAUAAAAUUAAUUUGACAAAUAAGGAAACUAAAAUAAAACGUCUGACAGAAGAUAUAAAGGAGUUAUCUACCUCUCUUAAAAAUAUUGAAGAUGAAAAUAAGGAGGAAAUACAGUUUUUAAGGACAGAAUUAGACGUAUCAAAGACUGAAAUUAAGUUAGUGAAAAAAAACUUGGAAAACGUGGAGGGUGAAUUUGAAAAAUCGGAGGAGGAGAACAGCAAACUAAAAAUCUCGGUUGAUUCUGAACACAUGACCAAUAAUUCUUUAAGACAGAUUAUUACAAAAUUGGAAAGGGAAUUAGGUGAAGAGAAGGCGAAUUCUUUAAAUGUACAAAAGACUUUAACCAGAGUUACCUCAGAAAAAAAUACAGCGUUGUUGCGCAACGCCGAAAUCUCUCAGCAAAUGGAGUUGGUCAAGCAAGAAAUGCGAAGGCAAGAAACCGACUAUAAAGAGAUUCUAAGCAAAUUGGCCGCGUUAGAAUUGGAGAAUUCUAAGUUGAAAGAGGGUGUAGGUGCUCAACAACAGUUACAUGGCAAUAUUAUAGAUUUAGAGGAACAACUUGCUGAAAAAAAUAAGACAAUAAAAAUGUUGCAAUUAAGACUAGCUGAUUUGAAGAAAACGCUACAGCAAGAACUAAGAACUCCGGGUAAUCCGAAUUAUCAUUCGGACCUACUCGAACAUAACGGUUCUCCGGCCGUUAUUCAACCCAGCCACAUCUCAACCAAAAACUUCCCUAGUAUAGUGAAAAGAGACGAGGACGAUGUCAAUUUUAAAUAUUUAAAGCAUGUCAUAAUUAAGUUUUUAAUUAGUCGUGAUUAUGAGGCUCAGCACUUAAUAAAAGCGAUCUCGGCCCUACUAAAAUUCACUCCUGACGAGGAAAAACUAAUUCAAGACACCCUAGAGUGGAAGAAGUCGUGGUUUGGCAGCAAACCGAAAAUUUCGAAAAAUAAUGCGAAAAGCUGAUCGUAUCGGGGACUCUGAUGUUAAGCGAUUAACCCGUAUGGUUGUGCUUCGAAGGUAUUAGAAAACUAAAAACUAUAAACAUUGCCAUUAGGUCAUAACUAUCGAUAGAAUGUAUGUUAUCAACAUUAGACAAUUUUUUUCAGUGAUGUUUUGCCAAAUCAGUUUUCCAAUUUAAUUUUUUGUUGUAUGUAAAUAAGAUUUUAUUUAGUUUAACGCUUUUUUAAUUGACAUUUUUAGGCUGUUCUAUUUUUACGUAAGUUUAAAGCAGUAUUGUCUGUUAAGUGAUAAGGUUGUAUAUAAUCUGUAAUUAUUAUUAACGCAAUUUAUAUUUAAUGAUUAUUUAUAUUUAACUGAAUAAAUGCCAAAUAUUA